AUGGGUUUCAAAGAGCGAUUUCCCCGUUGGCUGAUAAUCAUUUUCGCUGUUGUUCAACUUGUUCUAACAUUAGCGAUCAUUGGAACUGAACUCGGCUCAUUCUAUAAUAACGUUGCACAUGGAACCAUUUGGGCAGGAUUCUGGUCGGCGUUAUUCUACAUUCCGACUUGUGUUCUCCUGUUUGUUAUGAUUUGUUGCUGUCGCGGCCGAUGUUAUGCGACAUAUGUUUUAGUAUUACAAGGUAAGAUCUCAAAGUCGAGUCAAAAUUUUACACUCUGUAUCGAUUUCGUAGCUUUAUGUUUGUUGACAUCUGUUGCUGUUAUUUAUUUCGCCGUUUAUUUUCAAGAUAACCUAUGUAAAUGUUAUUUGGGUGAUAAUUUAUGUUGUGCAUUACGUGAUAUGAAAAGUUUUAAUCAAGAUUACGAUCAAAUAGCGAAUGAAUGUUCACCUGUCACUGUCAAUGGUGUUCAAACCGUUGUUGACCCUUGUUCAUCUUCACCACCGACAGCGAAAUUACCGUACUUAAGAGCGCAAAUCAGUUUUGCUGGGGCGAUGAUCAUUACUUGUAUUGUCUAUGCGGUCGUAUACAUAUUCGCCAUGUUUGGGAUUUGUUUUGGCCAUUAG